UUUGAUACUCAUCUUUACGGAAGAAAAGACAUGCCUGAGGGAAUUCCCGACGAACUAUGGACCAAUUACGCAACAUUCUUCUGGGACAACAGUACUGGUCUGUAUGUUGGAGCAGCAUUGUUUGGUCUGGGUAUCUUGACUUUAGUCUUCACAGGAAUAGUGUCUUUAUGUAAAAGGAUUACCAGAGAUCGAUCAGGCGAGACCAACGUGCCCAACAAACCAAGAGCUUCAAUAAACAAUCCACUGUACCGCGCUGAUCGUGAGGAGGGCACCUCGAGACAACAAUUAGUCGGGGCCCAAGCCGAUAUUAAUGACGAUGAAUCUCUAAACGAGGAAGUAAAGGAAGAAGCUACAGUAAUAUAUGAAAACGAACAAUUCUUCCAAGCCGCAAGGAGACCAAAGACAACAGAUACUGAAGACACAGUUGAGACUGAAGACAGACGCAAUCUCCAACCUAAAUUUGCUUACUCACAGGUCAUCAAAAAGAGCAACGAAAGAGCUAGGAAAAAGAAGGAAAAUGCGGGUACAUCCGGCAGUGAUGAGAGAGGAAAAGAUAGAAAGCGUGAUGUGUAUUCAAAAGUGAUAAAGAAAACAGAUCUGGAAACAGCAAAGAAUAACUCUACAUCAAAAGGCAACACAAAUGACAAUCCUGAGGUGCCUCAGAAUGAAUUCAACGAGACCAAGGCAUCAAGAGAAGAUAAAGCCGACGACAAAAGUAGUGUAAAAGAUCAGGACAUACAUACAGAUGACCCAGAAGUCAAAGAUCAUGACUCUGUGGUCACAGGUCAUCGCCAGAGACUUAAAGAUGGCGCUGAAGACGAGAUAAAGGGACCACGAGACGAGAAUGCUGAUGAUUACAUAAAUGUUACAGCUCCUAGGAUUCCAUCGUUUGGGGACGAAGUAUACAUGGACAUGUCGCAAAAAGAAUCACUAGAUUAUAUCAACUGUACCAAAAUCUCUAAACCAAAGUAGACAAUUAGGUAUAGCCACCAAAGUCUACAUCUGUAACAUAAUCUCUAAACCAAAGUAGACAACUAGGUAUAGCCACCAAAGUCUACAUCUGUAACAUAAUCUCUAAACCAAAGUAGACAAUUGGGUACAGCCACCAAAGUCUACAUCUGUAACAUAAUCUCUAAACCAAAGUAGACAAUUAGGUAUAGCCACCAAAGUCUACAUCUGUAACAGAAUCUCUAAACCAAAGUAGACAAUUGGGUACAGCCACCAAAGUCUACAUCUGUAACAUAAUCUCUAAACCAAAGUAGACAACUAGGUAUAGCCACCAAAGUAUACAUCUGUAACAUAAUCUCUAAACCAAUGUAGACAACUAGGUACAGCCACCAAAGUAUACAUCUGUAACAUAAUCUCUAAACCAAUGUAGACAACGAGGUAUAACCACCAAAGUCUACAUCUGUAACAUGAUCUCUAAACCAAAGUAGACAUCUAGGUAUAACCACCAAAGUCUACAUCUGUAACAUAAUCUCUAAACCAAAGUAGACAUCUAGGUAUAACCACCAAAUUCUACAUCUGUAACAUAAUCUCUAAACCAAAGUAGACAACUAGGUAUAACCACCAAAGUCUACAUCUGUAACAUAAUCUCUAAACCAAUGUAGACAACUAGGUAUAACAAAUAAGUCUACAUCUGUAACAUAAUCUCUAAACCAAUGUAGACAACUAGGUAUAACCACCAAAGUCUACAUCUGUAAUAUAAUCUCUAAACCAAAGUAGACAACUGGGUAUAGCCACCAAAGUCUACAUCUGUAACAUAAUCUCUAAACCAAAGUAGACAACUAGGUAUAGCCACCAAAGUAUACAUCUGUAACAUAAUCUCUAAACCAAUGUAGACAACUAGGUAUAACCACCAAAGUCUACAUCUGUAACAUAAUCUCUAAACCAAAGUAGACAACUAGGUAUAACCACCAAAGUCUACAUCUGUAACAUAAUCUCUAAACCAAUGUAGACAACUAGGUAUAACAACCAAAGUCUACAUCUGUAACAUAAUCUCUAAACCAAUGUAGACAACUAGGUAUAACCACCAAAGUCUUCAUCUGUAACAUAAUCUCUAAACCAAAGUAGACAACUAGGUAUAACCACCAAAGUCUACAUCUGUAACAUAAUCUCUAAACCAAAUUAGACAACUAGGUAUAACCACCAAAGUAUACAUCUGUAACAUAAUCUCUAAACCAAUGUAGACAACUAGGUAUAACCACCAAAGUCUACAUCUGUAACAUAAUCUCUAAACCAAUGUAGACAAUUAGGUAUAGCCACCAAAGUCUACAUCUGUAACAUAAUCUCUAAACCAAUGUAGACAACUAGGUAUAACCACCAAAGUCUACAUCUGUAAUAUAAUCUCUAAACCAAAGUAGACAACUAGGUAUAACAACCAAAGUCUACAUCUGUAACAUAAUCUCUAAACCAAUGUAGACAACUAGGUAUAACAACCAAAGUCUACAUCUGUAACAUAAUCUCUAAACCAAUGUAGACAAUUAGGUAUAGCCACCAAAGUCUACAUCUGUAACAUAAUCUCUAAACCAAAGUAGACAACUAGGUAUAACCACCAAAGUCUACAUCUGCAUGAACAUACACAUAGCGUCCUCAGACUGUGGCAGCAUUUAUUUCAAUUAGAAAUAUUUUUAUUUGUAUGUGGAAAGUGGAAGAAAGCAGAAAAAGAAAAAUAGAAUCAUAUAUGUACUCGAUCCAAAACAAAAACAAUUUUGACAAGGAUAAGAGAGAACGAUUGAAACAUGAUGUCAUUUUUUCACGCUUUGUAGUAGUUAGCUUCAUUGCUCGAUACAUAAAUUAAUGUGGUAUAUCAGUAUUGAAUUUUAUAUUGUAAAGCACGGUAAAAACAUAACGUUUUUGUCUCGCUGUGAAACUCUCGGUAUAGUGGGAAAUGUUGUAUUGUUCUCAAACUCUAUGUAUAUAGGUUUCCAGAAAGCGUGUGAUAGAGUCUGCAGUGCUAGGCUAGAAAUGAAACUGUUUUAUUGUAAUUCAGAAUGUAUGCCUUUACAAGUAGAGUUAAACUCGUCAAUACAGAUUUGUUUCGAGCACAUCUAGAAAUGUGGAAUCUUACAUGUAGAUUAAGUGUCAUGAUAUUAAGUUAUGAAAUUACGUAAACACAAAUGUAAUCAACGCUUGUGUAAAUGACAAAUCACUUGAAAUUAAAAAAGGUUUGACAUCUCUGGAUAUUAAAAUAAAUUAUAAUGCAAACUUCGCAAAAUAAUGAAAUACAUUUAUUGAUCAUGUUCGUCUUUUUCUUUAAAAUGUAUAGAACCUACUAGGCGGCUGACAUACAAGUCAAAAUCUGGAUUUUUGAAGAAUAGCCUAUGUGUUGUGGCUUGUAAGAGCGAGUAUUCGAAAAUUUGAAACCACAAUGAAACUGUAUAAUAAUGAAAAGAAUCUAGUCCUUCAACUUUGAUGCUUGAUGGAGAACUCCGAAAAUGAAAAUGUCGGAAAAUAAAAUCAAUAUAAAGA